GCGCGCGGCAUGCCGGGAGCGGUAGUCCUCUCGCGGCGUGCGCGCGCCGCGAGGCGGGCCGGGGCGUGUCCUCGGGGGUAUAUAGGCAGCCGGAGGGGCAGGGGUCUGCACUCUGCCGCCGCCGCCCCUCUCUCCAGCAGCUUCUAUGCAAGCGUCGGCCGUCGCCGCUCCCCCCCGCGCUGAGUCCGCGCCGGCCUCCCCGACUAGGAUGGAAGAGGAAUUGGCAGCUCCUUCCACGUCCACAGACAAGACAGACAGUAUGGAUGUGGAUGGAGAAUCAAAGAAACUAUUGGGUUUAGGACAGAAACACUUGGUAAUGGGAAAUAUUCCGGCUGCUGUCAAUGCAUUCCAAGAAGCUGCGAGCUUACUGGGUAAAAAAUACGGUGAGACAGCGGAUGAGUGUGCAGAAGCUUUUUUUUAUUAUGGAAAAUCUCUCCUGGAAUUGGCAAGAAUGGAAAAUGGUGUGCUGGGAAACGCCUUAGAAGGCGUGCAGGUUGAAGAGGAAGAAGAAAAAGCUGAAGAUGAGUCUGCGUUACCAACUGUUGAUGAAGAAGCAAGGGAAGAGUUGAGAGAACAGGUAUAUAAUGCCAUGGGGGAAAAAGAAGAGGCCAAAAAGUCUACAGAAGAGUCUCCAGUACUAUCUGAGAAGGAAGUCAAAGAAGAGGAUGUUGAAAUGGAAGACAUCACGGAAGAAAAACCAACAGAAGAAGCAGUUGCUGACAAGGAUGUAAAGCUUGAAGAGGCUGAAGAGAAGACCGAGGCUUCUGUGGAAAAAGAAGUAACUUCAGAAGAGCAGAAACAGCAGGUUGCUGUGGAAAAGGAGGCUGCAAAAGAAAUGGCAGCUGUGGAAGAGAAGGUAGUGGAAGAAGAGCGGAAGAUGGUGCCUGAAAACAAGGUAGCAGAGGCAACUGAGGAGAAGGAGAGAAUGAUAGAAGCUUCAGACAAGGAGGUGGAAGCCUCUGUAGAAGAGGCUGAAGCUGGAGAAGUGACUGUGGAAGAGAAGGGAGAUGUGGCAGAGCAGACAGCAAAAGCAGCAGAAAAAGAUCUGGCUGUGGAAAAGGGAGAGGCUGUAGAAGGGCAGGCAGAGGCAGCUGUGGAAGAAGAGAAGGCAGUAGCGCAAGUGACAGCAGAAGUGCAGGCAGCAGUUGCUGUGGAGCAGAAAGAAGCUGCAGAAGGGGCAGCAGAAGCAGCUGAACAGAAGAAGGUGGAGGAGAAACAAGAGCUGGUAGAGACUGCUACAGAAGAGAAGCCAGAUGAGUCCAAAGAGCCAGAGUCCUCAAAGGAACCCAUGCCCACAGAGGGUAAAGAGCCAUCUAAUGACUUGGAAGAAAAGGCUGAAGUAGCUGCUAAGGUAGAGAAAGAGGAAAAGAAGGAUGACCUGGUGGAAGAGGGUGAAGGUGCUAAGGUAGAAAAAGAAGAGAAAGAUGACCUGAUGGAAGAGGGAGAAGGUAACAGUGAGAGGAGAAGUUAUUGUGGGUGGAUGACUUGAUGGAUUUGGCUAACAAUGGGUAAAAAGUGUUCCAUUCAGAAUUUUCUGUUUGCCUUAGAAAAAGGAAAAGGCACAGUAAAGGGGCUUUUGGAGGAUUUUACAUCCAAGUAAAGUUUCAAGGAAUGGUCUCAGUUUCUUUAGACUAACGCUUAACUAACUGCAAAGCAAAUCUUGAAAGCAAACUUACAGCCCUGUGAAAUGUGUAAGUAACGGCUAGGCUCGUGGAGAAUACUGAAUGGAUGUUCACUUGCAUGCGUCUGGGUGUAUUGCACUAACCUUCAGCACAAGUUGUUCGGAAGCACAAGUUGUCUCUGGUUAUAACCAUACUUCAUUUUAAAAGUGGAGCAGAAAAAUAAGAACAGCUGAAUACAUUAAAAAGAAAAGAAAUACGCUUUUAGUGGGGGGGAAGGAGCUCUCCCUUUGAGUCUCUCUGACAAUUACAAGCAAGCAUUUAGUUGGCAAAUCUAAACUUAAUUUGCCUUGGAACCUGAAGGCUUAUUGUUACUAUCUAGUACAGUCUUCCAGCUCUCUAGCUUUUUCUGCCAUUCCGCUUCCCUGCUUCACUGUAGCUGUUUUCUGGAUUAUGUUAGAGUAACUUAGUAAAACUUGCACAUUUUGCUGAAGUAUUACUUGCAUGGUCUUAGUAGGCCAGUGCUUCCUAUUGCACAAGUUAAUUGAUGAGCUGAUAAUUGAAACUUUGCUUGUCAGUAAAUUUGCUUCAGAGGAAGAGCCUUAUUUUAGGAACUGGUAAACAUUCAGACUAAAUCCUUUUGGACACUGACAGGAUUUGUACUGCUGAGCAGAGUGAACCUCACUGGUGGAACAGCUGCCUAACAAGGUGUCUGUCUGGAUGUAGUAUGACUGAACAUAAACUAAGAAUAGUUAUCCACUCGUCGUUAUCCUGUGAAAGGCUGCUUAUGUACAAAUACUGCUGCUUUCCCCCACCACCCCCAACUCUGCUAGUCUGAGGACACUCCUGAACAUCCUCAUCUAGUACUGUGUCAUUCCAGACUUCUCCCGCUACUUAAAAAGUUUAACUUCUUAACACCUCCUCUGGUUUACCUUUGAGCUGUCCUGAUACAGGUUUGGCCAUCUCAGUGGUAGGUGAGGGUUCUCUAGUCUCCGUCCCAUCAAGCUCAUGUUACUCCGGAAUUAGCAGUCAUGAUAUGGGAACUAAGCGUGUGACCUUAGCAUGCAAGUCAACCAAUGCUCUGAAGUUACUAGCCGUACUCCUUCAUUGCACACUUUCCCAAAAAUCUUUUCUACAAGUAGAAUAGAUCAUGUAGUGCCCCUACACAGCAUCAGAAGUCAAAUCAGUGCUGCACAGUACAGAUUCAUUAAUAACAUUGCUGAUGUGUCUGACAUGAGGAACAUGACUUCAGAAAUAGUCUUUAUUUGUACACAGUUUGGCAGCUAUCUUGCUGAAAACUCCUGUUAUCUGUAGCAUGAAGUCCAGCAACUGAUCGGUACCUCCAGAGCUCAGUCCAGCAUCCUGUGGUUUCAGUGGGAGUUCACAAUGAAUUUGUGAGAACUGAAUCCUGUGUUAAGUUUCUGUUCUAGAUAAUGUGAAGUUAAACUUAAAACAAGGGCUAAGGCAGCCUGGAACUACUUUAGUCUACGGUGCCUACCACUUUCAGCAAGAUGGCUGCUGCUGAGCAUUUAAUGUAUCUGUGCUCUUCUUGCAUCCCACAUCUAACCUGUCACUGGAAGGAUAAGGGCUGGAUAUUUAUUCUGCCUGACUCCAUGUGAAGCAAGCAUAACAACAACAAGUGUUGUUCAUCUACUUUCCUUGUAGAAACAGAAGAAUCUGAAGAGGAAGAUAAAGAAAAUGAUAAAGCUGAAGAUGAUAAGGAGAAUGAAUUGACAGUAGAAGACAA